CACCAUUUUACAUUGGCUCAUUAAUGCUCUGGGCUUGUGCCAGGGCCCUGAGAACACCAACAGGCCUUAAUUGCUCUGACCAGCCUCAGCUGGCACCUCCACCCCCCACCCCAUGCCCAUGGGUCUGAGAGCUACACUUAAGCCUUGGCCUGAGCCCCCUAGUCCUUCUCAGAGCUAGGCUAUAGCUAUCUACAGAGUUAGGCACAUCUAUCUACAGAGCUGACUCUGGGGUAGACUUCUUUGGGCACCUAUUACAGUCCUGCCUCCAGUUCUCCUUCCUCCUGCUGACUGGACUCCUGGGACAGGAGAUGUGAUGUGUGAAUGCUCAGCCUGUUCUCUUUGGAUCCUGCAGGUUUGGAGGACUGUGCCCUGGCUGUUGAGGGCAAUGCCUCUGCUGAGGUUAUCAUUGGUUCCCAGCUUAUCAUCAUCCCUCAUAGAGCAGCCCCAGUCUUGCUGUUCCCUGGCAGCCUGCACUGAGCAGACUAUAUCCACGCAAAAAUCUCUGCAGCUCUCAUGUACUCAACUUGUUCAUGUUGAAGGUGAAUCCACGCUACCUGUUACCACUAUGCCCUGAUUCAACCAAGAAAUGGAAUUGCUGCCAAGACUAGCGAGAGCACAAAACAAGUGAUGUAUUGUGAUGCCAGCAGUGAUGGAGCUGAGUUCUUCCCAUCCAACCUGCCUGCUUAUUAUGACAAAACUUGCUGGCUCGCAUACAGGCAUUCAUGUGUCACAUCUCUUCGUAUCAUCAGGCAUUGAAGAAACUCAAGAAGAGAAACUGUGUCAUCAAGACUGUGCCUGAUGCUGCCAAUCAUGGGUUUCUAGAGCUGGGAGAAUUCCAGCAGGCUCCGCAGAAGGGACUAACACGUGUCUUCUCUUUCCAUGGAUGUUCUCCUCUAGCUAUGUAAUGAAUUUUCCUAAGUGAAAAAAGAUAGGCAAAAUGAGUACUGAGUUCGAUUUUAGGACCAUCAUUUCAAGUCAGACAUCCAUCAUGGGUGACCUUCAGCGACUUCUUAGCCAAGGAGAAUAUGCUCCUUUUACGUCUGCUCCCAUGUUUGAAAGCAAGUUCGUUCAGGUUAACAGAAGAGGGGAGACAAUGAAUAUCCACAAGCAGCCCACCUGCGUCACCAUUGGCAUCUGUGCUACCAAUCCCAGUUCACCGAUGCCCAAUGGGAUGCUGCUAGCACACACAGUGCCUGUAUCCCCACAGGAAAUUAUGACAAAUUUCCAGAAAUUCUCAGAGCAGCCAUCCCAAUUGGAACAGUUAGCACUUAGCAGGUUCUUGCCCUUGAAGUUUGUGGAACUCUCUGUCCACAGCACAGACAAGCACCAACUCAUGUUAAAAUUAGUAAAUGGACGUUCCUACUAUCUAGAGCUCUGUGCCCCACCAGACCAGCAACACCACCUAUUCCAGCACUGGUUGCAGCUCAUCUCUCUCCUGAAACCUCCAAAAAAUCCUAGCAAUACCAACAUUAACAUAAGAUGCAAGGAUUCUGGCACAAGUCAUGAGAAAGCUUCCAGCCCAAACAAUGCAUCAGAAAAUAGGGCCAUCCCACAAGAUUUGCCUAACCCCAAAACAGAGGAAGAAGUUGUUCCCAAACAAACCACCUCCAACCAAGUUCCCCUCUCAGGUAGUGUGGGUCCCACAGAAAAGAGUGGAAGGGAAGUGGUAGCAGCCUUUGCCAGCCCCCUGGAAGCAACCAGGCAAGAAACCACCAUGCAGUCAAAGAAUAUAGACCCUCUGGAUACAAUAAAGAGUAAAAGCAAAGAGAAGAGGAAAAGUAGGAUAGACAAAACAAAGCCAAAAAAAGAAAAAAAAUCACAACCUUCAGGAAAUAGAAAGAGUGGCAUUAUGUCAAGUGUUGGCUGCUUCAAGUAAUAAUUCAGGUGAUUUGUCAGUAAGAAGGAAUAAAAUAAAAUAAAGCAAAACAUCCUGUAUCAGAUGCAGUUGGAAUAGGGGCAAGACGUGCAUAUAUUAAAAAAAAAAAAAAAAAAGAAAAAACACUGUGCUGCAGAGUUCAAUUCUCUUCAUAACCAUUUGCUAUUGCAAAACUAACAAUAACUAAAACAUGAACACUGCAUUUCUCUGUAUUAAUUCACAACUAGCAGCAACAAAUGCAUUUUGAUCAUUGACACUGGAAUCAGUACAGUAAGUACACUGUACAGUACACUGGAAUCUACAGUAAGAUGUAGAUCUUACUGUAACUGAGGCCAUUUUUCAGGGAGAAGACUCUGUUAUGUGGAGCAGAAGACAAAGAAAUAGACACUUGAAUUAACAGUAAUGCUUGAGUAUAACUUUUAUAUAGGAUUGGGAAAGCUUCUCAUGCAAGCAAUUUUCAGAACACUGCAGGGGAACAACUGAGAGAGAGCAAUACCAUGUCACGGCCACAAAAUCAUAUUAUCACAAUUUUCAUUUCUGUGAGCUUCUAGAGGAAUGUGAGCAAAUCACUUAUCCUCUUUGUUCCUCAGCUUCAUUUGUAGAAUGAGGAUAGCCAGACCUCUUUUGAAAAUCACCAUGUGAUGUACUAAUGAGAACCAUUAUAUAAGAAUUAGGUAUUGCUGUUACUAUUAUUAUCACUUAGACAUUAUAAAUAUUGCUAUCCUUUUGGAAUACUGAGCAGCAGUUUUUAUAGGUCAUACUUGCUGCACUACUAAGCAUUUGGCGUUAUGCCAGACAAAUAUCUUACUUUCUGUGACCGUAUUCGCUAUAAAGGUAAAGGCAGAGACCUACAGUAAUGAACACAUCUACGCUGCGUUUAUGGGGCACUGCCUAGCACUAAUCCAUAGUACACAGGACCGCUGCAUCAGUCUUGGUAUGACAGAAAGGCUGCCACCACCUGAAUUACCAGUAUUCCUUCAGGUAGUACCCAAGAGUUGAUGGGAGGUAUCCCACUGAGAGAUCAAUUUACCUUAUUCUAAAAGCUAAGUUAGCAGCCACCAUGGCAUGAGUUGUUCAUAUUUAAAUUUCUCCUUUCAAUU